AUGGAUAAAUAUGAGAUGGAGACGAGCUCUAUUAUGAAAGCGUGGAAGCAGCAAGUCUGCAUGUGUUACACUGAACCUGAGAUGCAGCUCAGCUCGCCAGCAAUUAGUGUGGUGGUGUGUGUGGACCUGGCAGCGUUUGUGGACGUGGCAGUGUAUGUGGUGGGCUUCAGCCAGGCUUUCUGUGCCGCCCCUGACGCUGCCACACGGCAAUCAGAUCUCUCCAGUGAUCACUGCUGGUCAAGUUAUUCUGUGCUGACUUGGUUGUUUGGUGUAACGGGCAACUGCGCAGCUUGCAGCAAGCUAAUUCCAGCCUUCGAGAUGGUCAUGAGGGCCAAGGAGAAUGUCUACCACCUGGACUGCUUUGCAUGCCAGCUCUGCAAUCAGAGGUUUUGUGUGGGAGACAAGUUUUUCCUGAAGAACAACAUGAUCCUUUGCCAGACAGACUACGAGGACGGGCUGAUGAAGGAGGGCUACGCUCCCCAGGUCCGUUGACCCUUGCAUGCCAACAAGGAGGAAGAGGGGGAGUGAGAGAAAGAGAGAGACUGCAGGAGACCUUGUAAUCACACAACAAAAAGCACUAUUGCCUCCUGUCCAGCUCCGGUCCCCCACAUGUACAUAACUAAGCAAGCCUCCCAGGGAGGGGACACACUGCUGUACAGAAUAGCCAUAGAAACGCCAGUGUGGCAGGGAAAGGCCCUGGAAGCCUACAACAAACUUCAAGUAUGAAAAAAUUUGUUUGUUCAUUUCUUUGUUUGUGACUUACGGAUGUUGCCUCUUUCCUGACAACAAAUACCUGCCUCAGAGCAAUUUCUAACCAACAGCUGAUCCCGGUGGUUGGGAAAAAAUAAAUUAACCAACCCAAAAUCAGUCUUGCCUCACCUUAUCUGACAAAGACAGACAGCGUCCCACCUGACUGCACAGUCCAACAACUUCUACUUGAAUCUAAAAUACACUAAGGUAUUGUUAAUCAAUUUUGGGAUAAAGACCUUUUUACUGUAUCAGAUUCAAAACACGAAUGUAAACUGAAGAGCAGCAAAAAUAAUGCUGAUGACUGAUAUGUUGUUGUGUGUGUGUGUGUGUGUGUGUGUGUGUGUGUUGAGGACUUCAGUCUCUUGAGUCUUGGUCUGAUCCAUAUAGUUCUUUUCAGAACCUUAUGAUUGAAAAAUUGAUCACUACAGUAUCUCCAUGCUUGCAAAUCUCCUGCAUUGUCCAUCAGGCAAAGACUCAGGAGUUUGUGAAAGAAUCAGUGCUCUUCUCUGGAUGGAAGAAAUCUCUCAUCACUACUCAUAAUCACUACCUAAAUAUAUUUGACCACCAUGUCUCUUGUGGACCAAUGACCCUUGUCAAAAAGAUUUUUUUUUUCUGGUAGCACCAUUUCAGAAUCAACAAGUAAAAGUGUAAUUGGCUAUUUUGAAUGUCUACUAAAAUACCUUUGUUGGUCAAAGUUAGCGUUUUUGAAUACAUUAGAGCUGCACUAAACAGUAUUUGUUUUUAUAUAAACAAUGGAAAAAAUUACUAAACUUAAUGAGAAAGUUGUCUCUGGAAGGGAUGAAGACAGAAUUGUCACCUGACUUUCAGCUCUUUUGAGCUUUUUAGCCUCUAGCCUGUUCAGCACCAAACAGCAGUCAAAGUUAGCAACUAAGCAUCUAGCAGCUAAAGAGAGAGAUAUUUUUCACGUGAGUUGGUGGAAACCAAACCAGAGAUAAAAGGAGAGUAAACACUCUGGUGGUCUUCCAUCCAAGAGGUAGACACAAACAUGAGUCCAAUGAGAUGCUAAUGUUGCUGUGUCUGCUAGAUGUGUGAAAAGGCAAGUGUUUGCUAACAUAUUAGGCAACAACUUUAUACCGAGAUAAUACAGUAUGUCAGAUUUUAUGUUUUGAGCUUGCUCUACUGCCCCCAAGUGGCCAAAAACAAUUAAAGCAGCUUUGAACUUUAUGGACCAGGAUUUAUGCCUGUUGACAAACACCUGGGUAUGAGAGACUAUCUUUCAUGGGGUGACAAGUCAGUUCUAUUCCUGAAAUGCAUUCCUCCAGAGCUACUUUCAGCAGCCAGUUUGGACUGUGACUCCAGGCUCUGUUCUUGUGAAGGAAGGCUGUGUAUUUUUCGCUGGAGACAGUCUUUCUAUUUAUUAAAACCAUGCAUUCACACUGGUCCAACUAAAAUCUGUGGAAAUGUUUGUGUGCAGGUUGUUGAAGCAGCUGUAGUGGGAUCAGUCGGGGAUGGUGGGGGUUGGUGGAGGAUGGUUACUUUUUGUGCACUAUUUAUUUGAUAAGCAUUCGGUGCAUCACCUGUUGUCCAAAAUGUGACAUUGUUUGAUAUGCUGAUACUUGAAUCCAAUCAUUGAUUUCUCAAUCACUGUUUGGCUUAUAUUGAUUCAUUUUCGACACAGCUUUGGGUUCAGUUAAUUGCACUCUGCAGCAGGUCAGUCACCUUAAGAUCCAGUCAUCUCGGUUACAAUGGCUCCCUGCUGCAGAAGAGUUAAGUCCUUUUCUGCUGAGAAAAAAAAACAAACCUUUGUAUAUUAAAUAUCAGCAUCUGAGCGUGUGCAACAGCUCAAAGAAAAAUUUCUUAGCUGGAAAAUAAAAAACCCUUCUUUAAUUUGUAAAUUGUGGGUGUACAUAAAAUAAAUAUUCAUUUUUGCUUGCUAUUGUACAAUGAUUUCUUUUUAUGUGUCAUCCAGCAUGAGAU